UAUCAUUUCUUCUAUGCAACAGUUGUCUAUUCUUUCAACUGUUGUGUAGUGUACAUGCUCAUGGAGAUACCAAGAUUCUGUUGCAUUUUUACGCUUAUCUUCAUGAGCUUUUGCGUUGUUCAGUUGAACUGUCGAAAUGCAACAGCUGUAAAGGCUGAUAUAGGUGCCAUUCUUGAUCUUCACACUACUCUUGGAAAGAUAUGCAGGUCUUGCAUCUCUAUGGCAAUCGAAGAUUUCUACUCCAACCGUGACCACACCGCCAUGAUUGUGCCUCAUUUCAGGGACUCCGGCACUGAUGCAUUUGCUGCAGCUUCUGCUGCCAUAGAACUACUCAAGAAUACUCAAGUAAUGGCCAUACUUGGGCCUCAGAGAUCCGUUCAAGCAGACUUUGUGAUAGAUAUAGGCGACAAAGUGAGAGUUCCAGUAAUAUCUCCACCAAUGAGCCCGAUCCUGUCAUCUAAAGAAUCGCAUACCAGUUUUGGCUGA